CAAUUUGCCAGAUUCCCAGAGUGCUAAACCUGUUGCAUUUAUUUAAUUAAUCUUGAUUUGAAUAUUGAUUUCGUGUUGAGUUUUAACUGUAAUUAUUUAUUUCAAAUUAUUUUGGGUUAAUUUCCUAUUUAGUUUCGCAAGUUCAGAGCGCUUUACAUUUUUGACUCAUUCAAUUGCUUCAACACAAUAUACAUACAGGAAUUUUGGAAGGCCUACUAAUUUUUAUUUUUUAUUAAUCAUAAAAUAAACAUUUUUUCCCAUCAAUGUGUAUACACAAAAAUCUUAAGGCAGUCACAUAUUUGCCUUGCGCUUUGGGGGGUAUAGAGUCUUUACAGCUUCAUCUCCAAGUUGACAUCUUCCUUAUAUAUUUCACAUGUUCACAUGAUUCCUAGUGAAUGAGUACCCAUGGCUGCAACAUCUUCCCUGUUCUUGUGGCUUUGAGCUCAUGCCCGCGUCAUUUUCGGCUUUUAUUUCGAAGAUCCUAGAUAUUUACAUACAGUUGAUUCAUGGCCUAAUAUAUGUUCGAUUAUCUGGUGUUGUUUUACUGCAGUCAAUUCUGUUAAUUGAAGGCAAAGUGGUAUUCCUAGAGGAUUGCCAUGGGUUAUGGUAAUUCAAAAUCUAUAAGAUUUCAAGAUGAUGUUGAAUUAGCAAAGCUACCAUCGGUCAAUGGAGUUGGUGUGGUUAAGCUUAAGUACAAGAUUGAUGGGGCAGCAAGUAGCAGAACUCUGCGAAAGGAGGUUCCUGGGAAGACUGAAAAAUCUUUAAAAGCUAAAGUUCUGUCCAGAGUCUUUUCCGAGGACUAUGAGAGAGUGCAGAAGAAAAUAUUAGAUCCUCGAGGACAAACUAUUCACCGUUGGAACAAGAUUUUCUUAGUAACUUGUUUAGUUUCUCUGUUCGUGGACCCUCUAUUCUUUUACUUGCCAUCGACGAGAGAUGAAUUCUGCAUUAGUAUUGGAAUCCCACUUGAAGUUGUUCUAACAAUUGUUCGAUCAGUGGCUGAUGUAUUUUACAUAAUUCAAAUUUUUAUUAACUUUCGUAAAGCUUAUAUUGCACCUUCCUCUCGUGUAUUUGGGAGAGGAGAGCUUGUAAUAGAACCUUCAAAGAUCGCAUUGAGGUACCUACGCCUGGAUUUCUGGAUAGACCUCAUUGCUGCCCUGCCCCUUCCUCAGGUGCUGAUUUGGAUUGUAAUCCCAACCCUUAGGGGUUCGACAGUGACAAACACAAAAAACUUCCUUCGGUUCAUCAUAAUCUUUCAAUACAUACCAAGGCUCUUUCUUAUAUUUCCGCUCUCAUCACAAAUAGUUAAGGCUACUGGCGUUGUGACAGAAACAGCAUGGGCAGGGGCUGCAUAUAAUCUGAUGCUAUACAUGUUGGCAAGUCAUGUUUUGGGAGCUUGUUGGUACCUUCUUUCAAUUGAGCGGCAAGAAUCUUGUUGGAGAAGUGUUUGUGAUCUUGAGAAGACAUUGUGUAAACCUGAUUACUUUGAUUGCCGUCAGGCUCAAGACCCUAACAGGAAGCACUGGUACAAGUCGAGUAAUGUCACAAAUCUAUGUAAUCCAGAUAACAGUUAUUAUAAGUUUGGUAUGUAUGGCGAUGCAGUGACAUACGAUGUUACAACCUCGUCAUUCUUCAACAGAUACUUUUACUGUCUCUGGUGGGGUCUAAGAAACCUCAGUUCUUUGGGACAAAAUCUUUCAACAAGUACUUACGUUGGAGAGAUAAUGUUUGCGAUAAUCAUUGCGACUGUUGGGCUGGUUCUGUUCGCAUUGCUGAUUGGUAAUAUGCAAACAUACCUCCAAUCCACAACUGUCAGACUAGAAGAGUGGAGGAUUAAGAGAACUGAUACAGAACAAUGGAUGCGUCAUAGGCAGCUGCCUACGGAACUAAGACAGUCUGUACGGAAGUAUGAUCAAUACAAGUGGUUGGCUACUCGAGGCGUUGAUGAGGAAAUUCUUCUUAAAGGCCUACCUAUGGAUCUUCGAAGAGACAUCAAGCGGCACCUUUGCCUUGACCUUGUUCGUCGGGUUCCUUUGUUUGAUCAAAUGGAUGAAAGGAUGCUAGAUGCAAUAUGUGAAAGGCUCAAACCAGCCUUGUGUACUGAAGGCACAUUUCUAGUCCGUGAAGGAGACCCUGUCAAUGAAAUGCUAUUCAUAAUCCGGGGCAACCUUGAUUCUUACACCACGAAUGGUGGUCGAACUGGAUUCUUCAAUUCAUGCCGUAUUGGUCCAGGUGACUUCUGUGGUGAGGAACUUCUGACAUGGGCCUUGGACCCUCGUCCAAGUGUAAUCCUGCCAUCUUCAACGCGCACGGUCAAGUCCAUCUCUGAAGUAGAAGCAUUUGCUCUAGUAGCAGAUGACUUGAAAUUCGUAGCAUCCCAGUUCAGAAGACUUCACAGCAAGCAACUUAGACACAAGUUCCGGUUCCAUUCGCACCAAUGGAGAUUAUGGUCUGCUUGUUUCAUACAGGCAGCAUGGCGUCGAUGCAAGAAAAGAAGGGAAGCAGCCGAACUCAAGGCUAAAGAAAACCACAAAGAAACUGAGCCUGCAAAAACCCCGCCUGUGUUGGGCUUGGUUACUUACGCAGCAAGGCUUGCUGCAAGUACCAGACGGGGUGCCAAUAAGCAUUCUGGGUCAGGUUCUGGAGUCGUUAGCUCAUUGAAGAAGCCAGCGGAACCUGAUUUUUCUGUUGACGAGGAAUGAAUGGAGAAUCCAUGCAACUAGGGGCCUUAAAAUAGGUUUCAAUAGAUGAUCUAUGCUGUAAAUUACUCUCUCGUAGGACAUAUACAGUCAGAUUCAGGAAUGCCUUAACGUAAUUGUCCAGCGUAUGUUUGGUACUUUUCUUGAA